AUGAGUGCGAAAGCAGUAAGAGCAAUUAUAUUAACGUUAACUGGAUGCAUGUUAAAUAAUAUAUUUUUAGAAUAUAUCAUUCAGUUAGAUCCAGGGGCAGGACAUCUAAUAACAUUAUGUCAGUUUCUUUUUAUAGCUAUUCAUGGAUAUAUUUUCACUUCAAAAUUUGGAACAGUUACACCAAAGAUACCCCUAAAAGAUUAUGUUAAGUUAGUAGUAUUUUUUUUUACUACAAGUGUAAUGAACAACUGGGCAUUUGCUUUUAAUAUUCCAGUACCCCUUCACAUGAUAUUUAGAGCAGGUUCUCUAAUUGCAAAUAUGAUAAUGGGAAUCAUCAUAUUGAAAAAGAAAUACACAAUUGAAAAAUACUUUUCAGUAUUUUGCAUCACAUUUGGUAUAAUAAUUUGUACUUUAUAUUCAAGCAAAUCCCAGCCAUCGACUUGUACAGAUUGUGACCCUUACACAAAAAAAGAUACAGUACAGGAAAAUAUAGAUUAUGAACACUUUUUUUGGUGGUUAAUAGGAAUAAUUAUUUUGACAGUAGCUUUAUUGAUGUCAGCAGGAAUGGGUAUUUUCCAAGAACAGUUAUAUAAAAAACAUGGAAAACAGAAUGAAGAAGCCUUGUAUUAUACACAUCUCUACCCUCUGCCUGGUUUCUUGAUGUACUAUGGAAGUAUAGUAGAACAUGUCAAUAUAGCAAGCAGUAGUGAAAUGGUGAACAUUCCAUUAUUAAACAUGGGAUUUCCAAUACUAUGGAUAUUUUUAAUCUCAAACGUCGUGACCCAGUUUUUGUGCAUAAGCAACGUUUAUGUACUAACCGCAGAAUGUGCUUCGUUGACAGUUACUCUAGUUAUAACUUUAAGAAAAUUCUUUUCUUUGGUAUUUUCUAUAAUAUAUUUCCAAAAUCCUUUCACCGCAGCCCAUUGGUUUGGUACCGCUUUAGUUUUUAUUGGAACUUUAAUGUUUUCAGAGACACAUUACAUUAUUUUAGAUGCAUUUUCUAGUAAAUCUAAAGAAUCAUUAAAACAUAAAAAAGAAUCGUUAAAACAGAAAAAGUCAAAGUAG